AUGCGCCGCGCCGUUCCUUUCGCAUACGCUCUUUUCGCGACCCCCUCCGCCCUCGCGGCGUUCAACCUGGCCAAGGAGUACUCCGGGGCCAGCUUCUUCAACGGCUGGGACUUCGGUAACGGCACGUUCGACUCUACGACCCAUGGACAUGUGAACUACCUGAACCAGUCGUCCGCGACGGGCCAGAAACUCGCAUACGUGAACGAUGCGGGCAACGCAGUCGUCAAGGUCGACGACUUUUCGUUCGUCGCGUGGCAGGACAAGCGCAACUCGGUCCGCCUCGAGUCGACCGACUUCUUCCCCGUCGGAUCUGUGAUCGUGUUCGACGCCACGCACCUCCCCUUCGGCUGCUCCGUGUGGCCCGGGUUCUGGACGAAAGGCCCGACGUGGCCGCAGGGCGGCGAGAUCGACAUCGUCGAGGCGAUCAACCUGAUGGGCAAGAACCAGAUGGCGCUGCACACGCAGCCGGGCUGCAACCAGCCCGCGAACGCGCCGCAGUCCGGGUCGACGGUCGGGAGCGACUGCUCGGCGGGCACGGACUCGGCCGCGGGGUGCGCGGUCCUGGACGCGCAGGCGAACAGCUUCGGCGGCGACUUCGCGGCCGCGGGCGGAGGCGUGUGGGCGACGCAGUUCGACGAGACGGGGGUCUUUAUCUGGUUCUGGAGUCGCAAGGAUAUCCCCGACGGUGUGACGAAUGCACAGGACACCAUCGACCCCACGAACUGGGGCACCCCUUCCGCGGCAUGGCCCGCGUCCGACUGCGACGUGAACAAGUUCUUCACGCCCCAGCAGCUCGUGCUUGACAUCACGCUCUGUGGUGACUGGGCCGGCCAGCCGAACCUCUACCAGUCCACCUGCGGCGGCACGCUCGGCAACAGCACCGUCGACGUCUGCUACAUCGACAACGUGAUCAAUAACAACGGCACCAAGUACCACGACGCGUACUUUGAGAUAUCGUCUAUCAAGGUCUUCACCGUGAACAACACCGUGUUCACGCCGACCGUCACCGACGGCACCACUGUGCUCUCCUCUGCGACCGCGACGCCCGACGCGCAGAGCGACACCGGGAGCUCGAGCGGAAACGGCACGAGCGCGAACGGCACGAGCACUGGUGGGAGCGGCGGCAACGGCGCGCUUCCCGCGGGCGCGGCGGCGUAUGCGGCGAUGGUCGGCGCGACUGCGCUAGCCGCGUUCUCCUGGGUGCUGUUGUGAGCGCAGGACAUUGUGAGCAGUCGUACAACUGUGUUUUGUUGUAUCGAGAUGCUUUUUACCUCGCGUAUAGCACACAGUAACUUUUACCUGAC